AUUCAGUUGUCUCAAAAUCUUAGAGAGCUUUUUUGUUUAAGAACUCUUAGCUAUGUCUGGCGUUUGGGUGUUCAAAAACGGCGUCGUUCGUCUGGUGGAGGACGCUGGAGUGGAUAAGGCGGAUGGCGGGCAGAGGUCGACGUAUCGCCGGAAAGUGCUGGUGUAUAGUCCGACGGAGGAGGUGAUGACGUCAUAUGCGGAGCUGGAACAGAAACUGACGGCGUUGGGUUGGGAACGUUACUACGACGAUCCAGAUCUGCUGCAAUUUCACAAGAGAUCAACGGUCCAUCUCAUUUCUCUACCCAAAGAAUUCGCCAAGUUCAAAUCCAUGCACAUGUACGACAUCGUCGUCAAAAAUCGAAACCAUUUCGAAGUUAAAGAUGCCUAAACCAUCUAAUUCUCAAAUACUAAUAAUAAUAAUAAUAAUUACAAUAAAGAACGAAAAAAAAAAAAAAACUGAUUUCCUCGGUGAGAUAUCUCUUCAUUCCCGGUUGCUUGUGAAAAGUUAAAACGAUUUGAUUUGGAGCUUGUUUGAGGAAUAAGCAAGUUGUGCUCUCUAUCAGUUCAUCCAGACAUAAACUUGGAGUUAGGGCCGAUUCAAAAGAAAUGUUAUAACCAAUCGUGGACGAAUUUUUUGUCUGAAAAGUGAUUUGGAGAUGGUCAACUUUCACAUGAAAUAAGGUAAAAGAACGAGCAUGUAUGAUAUUGUUUUAUCUACGUUUGCUAAUAAUUUAGAAAUUUAGUGUGUUACACGUUUGAAGUCGAGAGUCAAUGGUUGUAUGCGUGGUUUCAAAUGCUUUAUGUGAUAUAGAAUUGUUGGUUACUUUGUUUUCGUCACUUGGAAUACAUUUUUUCUUUUUUCUUUCGACU